AUGCAACCCCCAAUCGGUUGGUAUGCCAAUCGCAAAUCUUGCUCCCAGUUCCCUCUUCCUUUCAGCCUCUUCCUUUCGUGCACACCCCAUGCGCGUACACAAUCUCUCUCUCUCUCUAUCUCUCUCUCACACUUGCUCUCGCCCAUUAUGUGGCACCCCCACUGCGUCAUUUAUCCUCUCCAGCCAGAGUCACUGGGAUGGCCUUUCUCGAGCCCGUCCGGCUGGAUCGUUUCGCUCUCUCCUCUGCCCUCUGGCUCUGUCGGCACGCCCCCCCAUUUUCCCUCCCCAUCCUUCCCCAUCACUCCCUAUGCUCCCUUCGCUACCACUCUCUCCUCUCCACUUUCGCUACGCAUUUUUCCCGCUUCUUUGGGCUCGCGAAACGCACCCACUUCAUCGCUUCUCGCGCCACCAUAA